UUACCGACAGCCGUCGUCCGCGCUCACGGUCUACGUGUCUGCUGAUCUGGAUAUUUUUCUGCUUGGAAUCAGUUGCCGAGAACGUUGGACAUGUGCACGUGGAACUAUGAGAACUCCUUUCCUUCCAACCGAAGUAAGAUCAAAUAGGAUUUUGUGCACAUUGGAUUAACCCCUCUCUUUCCUUAUGAAGAAGUCAAAAAUCUGGAUAAGAGCUUGUGUCUGCAUUUUACUCUGCGCCACCUUCGCUGCGUGUUCACGAGGAACUGGAAGUCAAAGAAUCGACGAUGACGACAGAAUCUCCUUGCUGAAACAGAAUAUACCAAAAGACUACAAGAUCCCCGUACGUUUCAUUCCCAAAGACAUGAGCGGGAUGUGCUGGAUCGAGCUGAACACCUUUCACCUGGAGGAGAGCCUGAAGGCCCUGGCGGACAUGUUUGGAAACGUUUCCUCCAACAGAAACAACAUCAGCGUCUUCGUCCAGAUGCUCCAAGACGUGCGUUAUCGCAUCGGCACUAAUAUGGAGGCCAUGAUGCAGGACUUUGAGUGCCACUACAUCAGAGAAGAGUGGCAGACGGAGCACUUCUUCAACUUCGUCAGAGACUUUUUAAGCGCCGCCAGCUUUAAAACGAAAAGCGCAGAGUGCGACUCGCCCCCCUGUGCCACGGCCGGGGCCACGCGCCGCUCCACGGAAGGACCUCUCACCACCACCCCAGCCAAAGCAGCCGAGUGUGUGCCUGCACCAGACUGCCAGACAAGAGUGGAACAACAGUACCUUCCGGAAGAAGCUCAGAAAGGCCUGCUGUCGCUGUUUCUCGUUUCGGUCGCUGCAAAUAUCUGUUUGCUAAUUUGGAUGGUGAGAGGACGAAGACGGCGUUCCCGGGAGAGAAACGCCGACAGCGGAGACGUGUUCAUCGCCGUGGAGGACGACAGGGCCUCUUCGGAUCAGCGACUAUCGGAAAAGAACAGAUUGAACACCAUGAAAGCCAUUUAGUUCCCACCGUGUGAAAUUUGGUCACUGUAUUGAAGCUCCCCUUCACAAACAAGAAAAAAAAAAAAGCAACUGAUUUCUUACUGUUCUGUGAAAUGAAGGACUUUGGAUUCUGGUCUGGGACUCCGGCGCGGACUCUGAGGACGGAGCGCUCCCGCGGCGAGAGCGCGGCGUUCGGAGCAGGAAGGGCGGCGCUCGGCGAAAAACCGAGACCCACCGUUCCGCUUUCGGCCCUCGCGGGCGACGGGCCGCUGAGACCGGAUCCGGUUUGGGGUGGGCGUGGCCGGACUAUACCACCGUCUGAGAUAGACGGGGGGGGGGGCCCCUCACCCUGCCUUUCCACAGACCUUACAGAGAUGGAAAGGAAUACUGAUAAAUAAAUACAAAGUUAAUAAAGACUCCAAAAAUGAGUGAAUGAGUGAAUGAGUGUCAACAGAAAUCCACAGGAACUCUUCUGAGAAUAUCUUUCAUCGUCCGGACGACAAAUUUACCAACCGGAAGAGUUUCGACGGCGUGGGCUUGUUUCUGAGAGCAAAGCGCCACCAAAGUGGACAAGAGAAAAUAAACUGAAAAAACUUUUUUCAAUGAGGAAUAUUAUUGUUUCAUGACUACCUCUAAUGGCCCUGGUCUUUGUUUAUCUCACCGCGUAACGCAAUCCCCAGCGCUAUCGCGAGCGCAAUUGCUACUCCGCUUUCCACGGACAGCUUCACCGUACCAUUGUCAGAAUCCGUCAGGCAAGCUUCUUCCCUCGUGGAGUGUACGCCGAUUACUGUACUGGUGUUGAAACUUACUGUCAGAAAAAAGUUUCUUUUUUUAAGCCGACAUAGUUACGUUUAUUUAUUUUUUUUGUCUGUGUUCGACAACAACAUAGCGGAUUGUUACGGCCGCUCUGUAAGAAUUGAAACAAAAUGCACCGUCACACAAUUACACAUGCUCUAUCAUUUGACAGGAAUCAUACGGUUAUGAAGCUUGGACUUCAUUCGCUUUGUCAGCGCUUUGGAUAAAGGCGCUAUAUAAAUGCCAAACAUGUACAUGUAGAACGCCACACUGGAGAGCGUAGAUUCUCAUUAAAAGCGAGUUUUAAAUGUUCCAAAAAAUGCACGUACUGAUUCGCUCUCGUAGUCGAGGAGAUUCAGCUUUAUCUUCAGUAAAAAAAUAAAAAAACACAUUAAACUUCGUUUUUCAAUGCUGUUGAGGCAAAUGAAAUCAAAAGCCAUUUUCUUUCAUUUCCAAAGACAGCACAGACUGUAAGAAGGUCAUUGUGCGAAACGUGCAUGUUUCAGAGCACAUUCAAAUGUAAGUAUAGUUCAAACUAUACACACAACAUGCACUUAAAGGUUCUUUUCUACUGUACUUGAGUGAUGGACUUAUGGAGAAAUUAAUAGCCUAAUAUAAUAACCGCUAGGUGUGUAAACCUGUGUAUCAAAGCGCAGUAAGCUUCAAGAGUUUAUUUUAUUUGGGAAACCUUCUCAAAGCUUUGUUGCUAGCACUGUCAGGAAAUAGAGGCACACGUCCGCAUUGUGGCAUUUCAUGACCGAACGUGCAUGCCUUUCUGUCGAUAGCUGAACUUUUGUGAAGAAAAAAAGCAUUCCCGUUGCCUGUAAUCGUGAAUCGAUGUUGGGAUCCUAGCCCCGUUCUGGCGCCACGCUAAUGAACACUGCCUGACCCGGUCAGUCGCUGGAGUCCAUCCCCAGACCUUCCCCCUGAAAAACACACCCCGCCAACCGCCUUCCUGCUGUUCCCCCUCCCCUCGCCCCACCGGAGCAAAUCCUGCAUGAUGUAAUACAAUAAAAGACAAAACAUUUAAACUGGGAAAUGAUACAGUUCAGACAGGACUUGCAUUGUCCGCACAGAUAUUCACUUCAUUUUACUUUGCAUUGGUCAUAUGUUCAGUAUACAGUCAUUUAAUAAAGGACUUCAUUUAUCAUG